UUUGGGGGAGACUGGGUGACGGAGACACACAGCUGGCCGGCAGUGAAGCAGGAGCAGCGUCUAGCUGCCUUCCCGGAGAGAAGCGGCAGUGAAGAGGUAGGGAAAGAAUCCAGCGGCUGGCCCAAUGCAGAGAGCUUCCCAGGGAAGGGGCUGAGGGAGUGCAGGCGGGACAGCUCUAGCUGGGCGGAUUCAGGAUGCCUGCUCCCGGGGAGAGUGAAGCAGUCACUAUCACCCCUUCCCUAGUUAUCUACAUCGGUGUGGAGGUGCUGAUCGCUGUAGCCUCGGUGCUGGGCAAUGUGCUGGUCUGCUGGGCGGUCAGGAUCAACCGUGCCCUUCGAGACACCACCUUCAGCUUCAUCGUCUCGCUGGCGCUGGCUGAUAUCGCCGUGGGUUCCCUGGUCAUCCCCCUGGCCAUCACCAUUAGUAUCGGGCUCCACACUCACUUCUACAGCUGCCUGCUCUUCUCCUGUACCGUGCUGGUUCUCACCCAGAGCUCCAUCCUUGCGCUUCUCGCCAUCGCCAUCGACCGCUACCUCCGGGUCAGGAUCCCAACCAGCUAUAAGAGAACAGUUACACAGAAGAGAGCUGGGACUGCCGUUGUCCUAUGUUGGGUUAUAUCUAUAAUUGUUGGCAUGAUCCCGAUGUUCGGAUGGAACAAUUACGCUGAAGCUACUCAAGAUGGGGCAAACGCGAGCCUUGUGAGCAACAUGAUUGUGUGCCAGUUUGAGACAGUAAUCAGCAUGGACUACAUGGUCUACUUCAACUUUUUCGGGUGGGUGCUGCCACCUCUCGUGUUGAUCUUUGUCAUCUAUGUGGAAAUUUUUAAUCUUAUUCGAAAGCAUUUAAAUCAAAAGGCAGUGUCAAUCAACAAUGCUGAUCCAAGCAGGUACUUUGGAAAGGAAUUGAAACUUGCCAAGUCGUUGGCUCUUGUGUUGCUUUUGUUUGCAAUAUGUUGGCUUCCUCUUCACAUCAUCAACUGCAUCACACUAUUCUGUCCUUCGUGCAACAAACCAAUUAUUGUGAUGUACAUUGCCAUCUUUCUAACCCAUGCAAACUCUGCUGUAAACCCCAUAGUAUAUGCCUUCAGGAUAAAUAAGUUCCGGGUGACUUUUCUGCAGAUUUGGAGCCAGUACAUUUGGUGUAACAAAAAUCACAAUGCGAAUAAUUUAAGCAGAGAACAGUUAAGGGCUAUACGUGAACAGAAAAGUAUUAUGUAAUUUACUUCUUGACUUGAUAAAUUGGUGUGAAUAAUCAAGUGCAAAAUUAUGAAUGAAACUGAUUUUGAUACUUUGCUGCUGAGCUUAUUAAUGAUUCAAAUGUUGUGCACCAUUAUGGUGACCAUUCAAACUGAAUCCUCAGCAGCCACCUUAUACCUUAGCAAAGAAUGUUUUAUUUCAGGAGUUGCUGGCAAAGUCUCUGUCUUCAAUUCUCCACUGUUUGCUCUGUUUUUUCUCUCUUUGUCAUGUUUACAUAUUGUCAGAUUUUAGCAAAGACACUAAAUCAGGAACAGGGUGACCACUAGGUGAGAUAACUGGCUGCCAGAGUAAAGCCGCUGCCAGUCAGAAAGAUUUCAGGCCAUCCUCAGUGGAGAAAAUCUUUCACUCCCAGGUCUUGACUUCAAAGGUCUCACCUAAAAGGAAAGGAUUUCAAAGUUCCCAGAUAAACAAAUCCUUGCCAUAGCAACAUCAUUGCUCAAGUGCCAAGAUGGAAUAUUCCAUGUGGACAGCAAACUUGCACUGAAGGAUUCAAUCAUUUUAACAGGCUGAAAAUAUUUCUGAUCAAGACACUGACAUACUAAAAUGGACAAAAUUAAAACUGCUGCUUAAGACCAUCAAGGCGCAUCAUUUUACAGAAUGUGGUGACCUGACAAUAUGCUUUACCAGCAAAUGGAUUUUAUAAAAUGAUGAGUGUACUUUUGCUGAUACCAGUGGUUUGUUUCACUGUAUUACUCUGUAAAAUAUAGCCAGCACGCCUUACAUUUAGACUAAAACUGUUGACGUGGUAUUUUAAUUAACAUUUUAAUCUGUAGCAGUUAUUUAGAAGGCAAAAGUCAUCAUUACUGAUCUAAAAUUUGCACUAAGACAUUCAUUAACAUCAGCUGUGUUGAUUGCUCAUGCAGCUUAAUGCAAGUUUGUAAAGAGCAAGUUGUAUGUAAUGUUCUCUGUAUUUAGUCUGAACAUUUAUCUGCAUACAGAUGGUGUGAGCCAAUGUACAAUUGAACAAUUUCUAUGUGUCAAAUAUAUGCCAUAUAAUGGUUGCUGUUGAUACUAGUUAAUCAUGCGGAUCAAUCUAGUACCAUCAAUGAUUCAUAUUUGUGAAGGUGACUCCCAGUGACUGUUGAAUAUCACUGAUCAAUAUUGCUCAUCAUAAUAGUAAUUAUGGAUUCAACUUUCAAUGUAAUCAUCAGCUCAUGUUUACAAUGAUUUUCUCCUUCACAGUAACUAACUUUUUCUUUUGGUUUCAGUUCUUUAUGUCAACCUUACAAUAAAGAUCUAUCUCAGCCAUUGUCUCUUAAGUGGAUGUACAGGAGUGCCGCCUACCUGUACAAUUUUAGUAGAAGCUCCAAAUAUGGUAGAAUUAUUCUGUAGGAUUCUAGAGGUUAGUGGCUAUCAAUGCUACUUUUCACUAGGGAAUUGCAGUCUUCAACUGGAGCAGUUUGAUUUUUAAAAAUUGCAUUACCUAACAAAUGGAGAAGUUUCAUUUCAAUAAAAUGUAUUUUGCACUAAUUAGUGCGAUUAUUACAAUAAUCGUCACAGUAUUAACAAAUGACUAUAAUGUCAAAGUCUAGAUAAAUAGUUUUAUUGCGGCACAGCAGUUGUUUCAGCAGACAGUGACUAAUGCCAAAGCACUCAUGCAUCUUGAACUUUCCUUUUUCCCUCAAUUUCUUCAAAACAUAAACAAAGCUAGAUUAUAUUUUCCUACUGCUCCAGUGAUUUCUUUGCAUGUCUGGGCUUCUAAUUAACAUAUUACCACUUUUAAAACUAAUUGAAAGUCCUUGUUUUGCUUAGUAAAUACAUUUUAGUUUGCUUUAAUUAUUGACUGUAAAAUGGACUGUUUACUUUAGUCAUAUUUUAAGUCUUACCCCACCUUAAAAUCGUUCUCUAACACAUUGAUUCCUAUAGAUAAUCCAGCCUACCAAGUAUUUUUUAACUCCUGCAUCAGCUUGCAUGAAUUAAGUUUAAUUUUAUUUUUUCUAUUUCGCUACAUGUUUGUCUUUGAAACUGACCUGAUUGCUACUCAGAAGUCAGUGAUACCUGCAAUCAUUUUGAAGCUGUUUAGGCAUACACAUCUCCAGUGUUAAUUCAGUGGAACCAGAAGUAAACCACCCAGAACAGAAUUAGAUUUUAGUUUCACUCCUCAGUUUAUCCUUUGCUGGCUGACCUCAACUGAAGCACCCCAAAGGCUGACACUUGGCUUCAGUGCAUCUCUUUUCAACUGAGAGGUCAGUCGGCCAUAUUUUUUUUCAUCAUUGCAGGCAAACAGGAGUAAGUUCAUAAAAUG